AUGUAUGCAACUGAAGAAAAAAAAAUUGAAAUCUCCGACCUACGGUUUCUUUUACAACAAGCUAUUGAAUACUCCACAGCAAUGAAUAACAACAACAACAAUAAUAGUAGUAGUAGUAAUAGUAAUUAUCAUAGAGCACAGUUUACUACUGGUUCUAGUACUACUACAAAUUCAUCAACUUCAUCAUUAUCUGAACUUACAACUUCAUCUUCUUUUCAACGCAAGAAUAAUUUUGUCCCCCACUCUCCAAAAAUCCAUUCCAAGUUGAUUUGUGAUGAUGUUAAAGCUGCUCUGGGUGGGAAUACACCUCGUUCUAUUAAAUCACAUACUGAAUUGGCAGAAACAGCUAAUGGUGUUAGAUUACUUGCCAAAAACUUAGCUAGAGCUACUAUUCAACUUGAUGUCAAAGCAAUCAUGGUUAUUACUAAAGCAAGAGAUAAUAGUUUAAUCACAUUAACCAAACAAUUAGUUGAAUGGCUUUUGGAAAGUCAUCCACAUAUUGUUGUCUUUGUUGAUUCAAAGUUGCAACAAUCAAAAAGAUUUGGUGUUGCACCAUGUAACUCAUUAAAAUUUUGGACUAAAAGAUUGGUUAAAAAACAACCUGAAUUAUUUGAUUUGGUUGUUACAUUAGGUGGUGAUGGUACUGUUUUGUAUGCUUCUACAUUAUUCCAACAUAUUGCUCCUCCAGUUUUACCAUUUAGUCUUGGGUCUCUUGGUUUUUUGACAAAUUUCCAAUUCCAAGAUUUCAAACGUAUUUUGAAUCGUUGUAUUGAAUCAGGUGUCAAAGCAAAUCUUCGUAUGCGUUUCACUUGUAGAGUUCAUUCCAGUGAUGGCAAAUUAAUUGGGCAAUAUCAAACAUUGAAUGAGUUGGUUGUCGAUAGAGGUCCUUCUCCUUAUGUUACUCAAUUAGAAUUGUAUGGUGAUGGUUCUUUGUUGACUGUUGCUCAAGCUGAUGGGUUAAUUAUUGCUACUCCUACUGGUUCAACUGCUUAUUCAUUAUCAGCUGGUGGUUCAUUGGUUCAUCCAGGUGUUAGUGCUAUCAGUGUUACUCCAAUUUGUCCACAUACUUUAUCAUUUAGACCAGUUUUGUUACCUGAUGGUAUGUUUUUAAAAGUCAAAGUUCCAGAUGGUAGUAGAGCAACUGCUUGGUGUUCAUUUGAUGGUAAAGAUAGAACUGAGUUGAAAAAAGGUGAUUAUGUCACCAUUCAAGCUUCAUCAUUCCCAUUCCCAACAGUGAUAGCAUCACCAACUGAAUAUUUUGACUCUGUUAGUAGAAACUUGCACUGGAAUGUCAGAGAACAACAGAAACCAUUAGGAAAUCAAACUAAAGAUAUUGAUGGGGAUAUGGAUAACUUGCAUAUUUCAAGUGAACAGGAUGAAGAAAGUGAACCGGACAUUACUGAAGAUGAUGAAGAAGAUGAUGAAUUUGAUAUUAAUUUCACAGACACAGAACGUUCUUCAUAUAGUUCAACUCCAUCUAGUGAUGAUAUUCAUUAUCUUUCUACAAAUGGGGCAGAAACCCCACAAUCCAUGUCUUAUCUUAACAAUGUUGAUGAAAGAUGUUGUUUUGCUCAUCCUAAUGCUAGAGUGCAUUUAAGUGGAGGUAAGAGCUGA